AACCUGGUUUUUGACAUCCACAUCCUUAUUUCUGCAGGGCAAGGACAGCUCAUGCUCAGAAACGUUCACGUUAAAGUUGAACCUCCAGACACCAUUUGUGCGAACAAACGAAACGUUGUUGCGCCAUCGGGAAGUCCCGUUUUUCGAGUGGAGACGAUGGGCAAAUGCGUGGAGUUCGGUGAUCACCAGCACGACUGCAAGAUCUGUGACACGACGUAUGAGACGUGCCUACACUUGCUUCAGCACUCCAUCGCGCACAUCAAUCAGUUGCCGUUCUGGUGCAGCAAUUGCGGUGCAGCAUUUGCGCACCAGGAAGACCUGGUUAAGCAUGAGGCCCAGCACGUGAACAAACAAAAGCACCGGUGCGUCAGGUGCGACAAGGUCUUCGCCAACCGGACUCUGCUCUGGGAGCACAUGCAGUCUCACUACGGCAAUCCUGACUACAACUGCCACCUGUGUUCCACAGUGUUUCCCCUGCAGCACCAGCUGUCCAAGCAUUUGCGAACCCACGGCAACGACCUGCCUUUCGUUUGCGAGCAGUGCGACGCCAGAUUUCUGUACAAGGAGUCGCUCUGCAGGCACAAGAAGGUCCACCAGGGUGACCGAAAGUAUAAGUGCAGGCACUGCCCCAAGGCUUUCUUCCAGCGCGGCUAUCUUGUGGAGCACGAAAGGAUCCACACCGGGGAACGGCCGUUCGCCUGCCACAUCUGUGAUGAGAAGUUUGUGCAGCGAGGCCACUUGAUCGUGCACAGACAGAAAACAGGCCAUUAACUUGCGACUCUGUAGCCACUGUGUUUUUGUCCCUGUUUACCUACAA